GCCUUGUCGUAUUGCUCAUUGAUGUGGACAGUCUGCUUUGUCACGCUUCCUUGUUUAUGUUUAUGUUGAGGGAGACGCAAAUUUCCACACGGCUCGCUCCACCCUCGCUUAGCCUGUUUGGACACCGCGCUGACUUAUGGGAAAUGUGGUUUCAAAACUUCAACUGAAUGCGUUGCCUGGAGCUGCUAGCUUCACCAUUCAAAACUACAUUUCCCUCCUGUAGUCGGCUUCGCCGUGUUGUUAGUGGAUAUCCUGCGCUCGCAUACGGUAAUAACACUGAAACUGCUUGUAAACAGCUGCCUCGUCACUGCACUAAACCGGUCCCUGUAUGUGGCUGACGACUGACAGAAAUGUCAGAGACGUCGAGUGAUGCCGAGUCGUCCUGCGGCUGGACCAUUAUCAGUAAUGAGGGUUCAGAUAUCGAGACGCUGGGAUCGGAGGUUGCAGUGGAAUAUGGAGCCGAGCUACUAGAGCGCCCCCCGGUGGAGAAAACAAAACUGCAAGUCACACAGGCCUCUGCAUCAGCUGCUGAGUGUGUUGAGGCACAGGUCGCUGCUUCACUUGAUGACAGUCUGGCACAACAAACCAUAGACGAUACGCUGUAUGCCUCAGAGGCUGUGGACAACAACACAGAGAAACUGCAUGCUGCUCUGGCGUCCUCCAGCGAUCACUCAGACAUUGUGACUCUCGGGGACUCUAAGGAGGACGAGCAUGUUGGGGUGGAGACGGAGACGGCAGCUCGUGAGGAGUUCUACCUCGGUACCCCCUGCAGCAGCCAAUAUGCCUUCACUGCGGCAGAGGCUGUUUUCCCAGUGCAGCAGCCUACAGCGACAAACUCAAGCAGCAGUGAGGACGAGGCAGGACGAAGCGGCAGUACUGUUGUCCGAAGACGAAGGUUGAGGAAGAAUACCACAAGCAUCGUGACGGAGCCUGAGGAGGAGGAGACGGCACUGGAGUCCGGCCAGAGUGAGGAGGAGGAAAGGGAGGAAGAUGAGGUGCAGCGGGAGGAGCUGGCAGAGGAGCUGGCAGAAGUCAGACCUGCUGCUGCUCCGGAUGUCCGAAGUGUGCAGGGCCAACGCAGCAGCAUCCUCAACAAGUGUAUCCUGAUUGCCCUUGUGGUAGCCAUCAGCAUGGGCUUUGGACACUUCCAUGGCACAGUCCAGAUUCAAGAAAGACAGAAAACUGUGGAGAAAAUCCGACUGAAUGAACUUGACGGUGUGAGAGAUGUGCUUCAGCGACAUGUCAGAGAACAAACUUUAACCAAGCAGAGGGGUGACUUUGGCCUGGAUGACCUGGAUGAGCAUACAGUUAUUUCACUGCUCACAGAGGUGAUUGAGAAGAUAAAGAAAGAGAACCAGCAGCUGAACAUGGAACGAGCACACAUUCAGGCCCAGAGAGAUGAACUGGAAAUGUUGCUGAAACAGAAGGCCAAGGAGAGGAGCAACAUUAUGUCUCAGCAGCAGAGUUUGACUGCUGAGAACCAGCUGCUGAAAAGCUCCCUGGAACGUGAAGAAAAGACCCUGUCCACCUUACAAGAGGAGCUGAAAACCCUGCGCUCCAAGAUUAGAGAUCGGGAGGCGAUUGGAGCUGGCAUUGAGUCACUGCUGUCAGAAAACCAGAGGCUGAAAGACCAGCUGGAGGAGGAGAAACGGCUGAGACGAAGCUUCCACAGUCAGAGGGAAGACAUGAUGGCUGAAGCGCAGACACUGAAGAAGAAGUUUGACAAGGAGAGAAAGAUUACAGAUGAGCUGAGGAGAGAGUUAAAUCUGCUGAGAAGUCGAAUUCCUGAAACUGGAAAGGAGGCCAGUUUAGAGGCAGAAGAGCUACAGUCCCGUCUGAUGGAGCUGGAAAAGAGACUGAGUUUCGAGCAGCAGCGCUCUGACCUGUGGGAGAGGUUGUAUGUGGAAACCAAAGAAGAUAGAGCCAAAGGAGACACUGAGUCUAAAGUGAAAAAAACAAAAAUGGGCAUGACAGGCAAAGUGAAAGAGACAUUUGAUGCUGUGAAGAACUCCACCAAGGAGUUUGUCCAUCACCACAAAGAGCAGAUAAAAAAAGCAAAGGAAGCAGUGAAGGAGAACCUGAGAAAGUUUUCAGAUUCUGUCAAAUUAACAUUCAGAAACUUCAAGGACUCGGCUUCGACAUUCAUCAACAAAGCCCGAGGCUUUUACGAUAAGAGAAGUGAUCAGAAGAAUACAAAAGAGUCGUGGCAACACCGACACCACAAGCCUCAUCAAAGACGCUCACAUACAUUUGACGACUCCUCCCAGAGCAACCACAACACUCGAAAAUGCGGAGGUAAAGUUCAAGAAGAUCGAGGUCAAAAUGCCCGCAGGUCCAGCUUGAAAGGAUGCUCGGGGGUUUUUGACUGUGCAUACCAGGAGUCCAUGAGUCUCUUCAACAAAGCCAUGGAGCCGAUCAGAGCAGACGAAUUUUACCAGCUGCUGCAGAGCUACCUGCAGCAGGAAGUUGACCACUUUCACCACUGGAAAGACCUGGAGAUGUUCAUUAACAACUUCUUCCACAACGGAGUGUUCAUCCACGACCGGAUGCUGUUCACAGACUUUGUAAGCGGCGUGGAGGACUAUCUGACUGACAUGCACGAGUAUCAUGGACUUGAUGAUGACGUGUUUGGAGAUCUUGAUGACUAUGUCUACCGGCACUUCUUUGGAGAGGCUUACACAAAAAGCUAUCACCCAAACGGUCCAUCUCAAAGACCUGACACAGAGUCCAAGGAGUCCAGAGCAAGGCAUCAACAGCGAAAGCAGCACAGAGCCAGAUCUCGACCACACAGUGAACCCGAUCACCUGCAGAGUGCCUCUCAGGUGUGAACAGCUGACCUGUACCUGUAAAAAGGCGUCGAGUGGCAGGGCAUGAGGAAGAGGACGUCUGGCUGCAGGGGGCUGGAGACGCGGCUGACGUCACAGAGUGUCUGCAGAUGAGUCAUGACAUCCAGAGCGCCGCGCUGGUGGAUCAGCCCGGUGUACAAAGCUGCAGUCAGGUUACUCACUAACAAGAUGGAAGCAGCAGCUCGUCGCCACGCUUUCAGAUUAGCCAAGGAUAUCCCUGUGGGAGAAGAAGUGUUAGAAAAACACAUCUGGGCGUCGCUUAAAGUACGCAAACGCUUGAUGUGAAAGUGAGAACUUACCACAGAAGACCAUACAGAGCGGCAGCACUGGAUAGAUGAACCUGAACUCCUUGUGAGGAAGCAAACUGAUGCAAAAGAUUCAAACAUGUCGGACUGUAAAUGUUUUGUGAAGGAGGAAAUUAAUUCAACGUGUUCACUCAACCUUCAAGGAUACGAACAAGAAAAUACUGCACAUAAACAUAACUUUGCUACUGGAGAUGAUAAAUUUUUUUUUAAAAAUUCACAAUAAAAAAAACAUCAGUG